AUGUGGGUUUCAAACGAGGAACUGAACACGAAAAAAACAGAAAUUCAUGUGAAAAAUUUGGAAUCGAACAAAGAGUUUGGCGAUUCGGAUGUCGUUGCCGCGUUUGUUCACAACCGGCCCAGAGACAUCAAUAAUGUAAUUAUUACUAACUAGGGAAUGAUCAACAGGUAAGUUAGCCUUAUGGGCCGUGACUGACAUAAUUCGAUAGAUGCAUGCAUCCAACCGAUGCUUUCAGUUGUUUCCGAAUACUUUGAUAUCAAGGGAGUUCACGUGACUGUUACGAGGGGGGAAAAUUGCGUUGAAUACAGGAUCUCAGUGGAAAUUUUUCGGCGCCAUUUUCUAGAAAUCCAGGUGCCGGCAGCAAAAACGAUCAACAGAACAUUUGAUCCUCUUGGUACAGCUAUCAAAUUAUGUCAGUCACGGUCCAUAAGAACAACUUACCUGUUGAUCCUUCCCUAGUAAACAUUUUACCCAGCAGAAUUUCAUCUUUUUCAUUUUUCAGCUGAAAUUCGAACGCCACGGAAAGGCGGGUCGAAAGAAAGCGCCAAUACUCAGUGUAAAAGGAGAAAUUAGUGAAAAAGUUAUCGAAGUGGGCACGGAUGUCAACUGUUUGGAGGAGGGAUUCGAUUUUGCCGUUGCUGUCGUUGAUACUGUUAGUUUCAAUCAAAUUUUUUACGAAUAUGGCAAUAACUUGUCCAUUUUUGCAGGAAACCGGAGAAGCCACGUACCGCCCGGCUAGAUUCUACUCGUUUGAGAGCAAAUACGCGGAAGACGCGGAGAAAUUGCUGGGAACCAAGUCUCGCGCCGUUUUCCUUUAAAAUUCAACACAAUGUUUGCAGAAAAGACAAAAAACCAUCGAAUGAUUACAAUGAAGACUUCUCGAUCACCGCUGAGAAAUGGGCGGAAAAACGUCGUCAACUGACGUCGAACUUCGGAUCGUCGAAGAAGAUCAAGAUGGACGAAGCGGCACAAAGAAGAACGAUUAAUCAGGAGACGUUGGACGAGAUGAGGAAGACGGCGUUCGCGUCGAAUUCAAAUGUGAAGACGGAGACGGCGGAGCAGGACGUGAAACUGGAGAAUAUCACGAUGAUGAAGAAGGCGGAGUCGUCGAUCCUUCCUCCGGCCGUUCAGACUGAACUGUCCCGCGAUAUCUAUCCGUUGUCGUUGUUCCUGGAAGAUGUGGAGGUCGAUGAGCUGGAGGAGACCUCAAAGACGCUCAUGGAGAUGAAGAGGAAGCAGAGGGUCGAAGCUGGAAUCCCCGAAUGUGUCACUCUGAUCAUGUACAACGAGAAACCGAAACAACGGGCAGUCGCUUACCUCCUUCUGGCCACUCAGAUCGAAAUUCUGUCGAAAAUGGGUCGUGGCAAGCAGAUUCUACGCAAAGAUCUCAACGAACUCAAAAUGCCCGAAGCGCUCCGUCACAAGGUCGAAGCACAGUUUUUCAGCGGUAUAUUACCCAAAAACUAAAGGGAUUUCACUAAAACUGCUCGAUUUCAGACAGUACAAGUGACAAGGGAUAUUCGGGACGUGUUGCCGAACGAAUUCGUCUCAACGCCACCGACUACGAUCGAUUCGUGGCCUACACGUUGGCUCUGGCACUAACUUUGGCUCCGGAGCACAAAGUUCCGCUCACUCCGUUUCAACAAGCAUUCGGAUAUCAACCGAGCAAAUUAGAAAAGGUAAACGACAAAAAGCCGUUUAAAAAUCUUCAAAAUUUAUGUAAUUUUUCAGUUAUUCCAAGCUCUCGGAGCCGACCUCAUUCGUUUGGACGUGUCUUCCGCCCAAGAGAUGCGUUCCCUUCGCGCCGCCAUUCUUCUGAAACCGCCCAGUUUAGAGCUGAAGGGACCGCGCAAAAUUAUUCGACGAUAG